ACACUCACUGUAUCACUGUCAACAACACUCCCACCAGCAUUAAAGUCUCUCAACUCCCCUCUUCCUUCUUCCCCUCUUCCCCUUCUCCACGCACAACACACUCGUCUCUUACGUUUCAAAACCUCUCUCUUUCUCUCUCGAGAUCUCUCUCGCUUUCUCGCUCUAACUUUCUCUCUCUAGCUUUUCCCAUGCACGCCGGUUGCGUUGUGUAGAUCUUCCACCGCAUUUCAUGGAUCCAGCAACCGAGCCUCCUGCAUUGUCUUCUCUCUCUCCUAGGGUUUCGUGAUUCCUUCUUCUGCUUCGCGCUUUUGAGCUAUGCGUUCUUUCUCCACCGGCUCGGCCUGCUGCCGUCUCCACCAUGACCGCCGGCGGCUGCUCUGCCGGAAUUUCGCCACCUGCCGGUCACUCCUUCAAGCCUCUUCUCUCUCCUGACGAUGCUCUUCGCCGGUGUCGCGUGCGGCGAGAGAGAAUGCCGGUGUCGGUCGUCUUCCUCCUUGCUCUUCUCAACUUGCUUUUCUCCUGCCAAGGUUCUUUGCAUGCAGUGAAGUCGAUUUCUUUGAGUGUGUCAUUUGCUUCAUCAGAACGACCUAAAAUGUGGUUUGUUAAACCUUCUUCUGGACCAUCUUCUGCACCUGUGCCAUCUCCAUCUUAUCAUGGUCCUCAUGUAACUCCAAGACCAAGACAUCAUUAUCAUCACCGUCACCAUCACAGCACGAGACCUUAUGUAGCAGCUCCACCACCUUCAAAAGAUCAAGCUUGUGACCAAAUCUGUACUGAUCCGCUCACAUCAACUCCCUUUGGUUCACCUUGUGGUUGUGUAUUUCCCAUGAAAAUCAGACUUACACUGGAUAUAGCUCCUUAUGCUGUGUUUCCGGUAAUGACUGAGUUAGAGAAUGAAAUUGCGUUGGGCACUUAUUUAGAGCAGAGUCAGGUGAAGAUAAUGGGUGCCACUGCUGACAGUCAGAAUCAGGGAAGAACUAUUGUUGAUAUUAACUUGGUUCCGCUGGGAGAGAAAUUUGACAAUACAACUGCAUCUCUUACAUAUGAGAGGUUUUGGCACAAGAAAGUCCCUCUAAAUAGGAGCCUUUUUGGCGAUUAUGCUGUUGUGUACAUUACUUAUCCAGGUAGUUGUGUUUCUGAGUUUCUCCUUGUAACAUUUUACUUUAACAGUAUCGUUAUUCAUUACUAUUUGAGACUAAAGCUGUUUGUAUCAGGAAUGCCAUCAUCGCCACCAUAUGGAUCUUUAACUGGGAGCGGUCCUAGUCAAAGUGUUGAUGGUAUUCUGCCAGUCAGUGCCAACUUUGUCAGCAAGAACCAGAAAAUGAAUCUCAGGACCAUAAUCAUCAUUGCUUUAUCUUCCUUUGUACUCUUGCUGGUUUUGGUGGGAGCAUUUUCGAUUAUUUUGAAAUGGAGGAAGACUAGGAGACCAUCAAGUGCUGUUGGCCCUGCGUUCACAUCAUCUCUAAACAAGAGAUCAGGCUUGGGGUCUAUGUUGUCAAGUAGUAUUACAAGCUCAACAUCAAUGUCACUUAUGUCCACAAUGGCUACUUCCCUGCUCUCUGUUAAAACAUUUUCACUUUCUGAGCUUGAGAAAGCAACAGAUAAGUUUAGUUCAAAGAGAGUACUAGGUGAAGGAGGAUUUGGACGUGUUUAUAGUGGGACAUUGGAAGAUGGGGCUGAAGUUGCAGUUAAGCUGCUAACAAGAGAUAAUCAUCAGAAUGGAGACCGUGAAUUUAUUGCAGAGGUUGAAAUGCUAAGCCGUUUGCAUCACCGUAACCUAGUGAAACUGAUUGGUAUAUGCAUUGAAGGGCGCAGGCGUUGCUUGGUGUAUGAGCUUGUUCGCAAUGGCAGUGUUGAGUCCCAUCUGCAUGGUGAUGACAAGAUAAAGGGAAUGCUAGAUUGGGAAGCAAGGAUGAAAAUUGCACUAGGAGCUGCAAGAGGAUUGGCCUAUCUUCACGAGGAUUCCAAUCCCCGAGUUAUUCACAGAGACUUUAAAGCUAGCAAUGUGUUACUAGAAGAUGACUUUACUCCCAAAGUUUCUGAUUUUGGCUUGGCAAGAGAAGCAACUGAAGGAAGUAAUCAUAUUUCAACACGGGUGAUGGGCACUUUUGGGUAUGUUGCCCCAGAAUAUGCGAUGACAGGCCAUUUACUUGUCAAAAGUGAUGUUUAUAGUUAUGGUGUUGUGCUGCUUGAACUUCUCACAGGCAGAAAGCCAGUGGAUAUGUCUCAACCUCAGGGACAGGAGAAUCUUGUAACUUGGGCACGGCCAAUGUUGACGAGUAGAGAAGGUGUAGAACAGUUGGUGGAUCCAUCUUUGGCUGGAAGUUACAACUUUGAUGACAUGGCAAAGGUUGCUGCUAUCGCUUCAAUGUGCGUUCACCCGGAGGUUACACAGAGACCAUUUAUGGGUGAAGUUGUGCAGGCUCUCAAGUUAAUAUACAAUGAUACAGAUGAAACUUGUGGAGAUUAUUGUAGUCAGAAGGAUUCCUCUGCUCAGGAGUCUGAUUUUAGAGGUGACCUUGCCCCUUCAGAUAGCAGUUGGUGGAAUGCGGGAGGGCUAACCCCUCGAUUAACUUAUGGGCAAGCAUCUUCCUUCAUCACUAUGGAAUACAGUUCUGGUCCACUUGAAGAAAUGGAGAACAGACCGUUUUCAACUUCAAGCUUGAUUGGCGAUGAAAUAUCUUUACCGGUUAAGCAUGGGAAUAGAUCAGGUCCCUUAAGAACAGUCCGAAACAAGCUGUCCUUGCAUAGAUUUACAGGAAGUCGGAGUGAGCAUGGAGGACCUUCUUCCAAGCGUAAUUGGAAUGAUGGCAACUGGGUUUAACAGGUUUGGGGGGUUUUCUACUGUUUUUGAAAUGUACAGUUUCUAAAGGGAUCAGAACUAAUGAUUGAGUGACUGAUUUAGCUUAGGCAUCUCAAAUUUCUGCAGUUUUUAUGUUAUGGUUGGAGAGAUACAGGACGUUGACAAAUUUUGAAAUAUUGAUUCAUUAUACAAGGAGGAAGUGUAACUUAAACAGUAUUGUAAAUGCCUUGAAUUGUAUCUCGUGGCGUCAUUCCAUUUCCAUUUCUAUCAGCAAGGACUAGCCAAAAUGAACUUUAUGACCAUUCCUCUAGUGUCCAUUUUUACCAGCAGUUGUAUUUGCAGUUCUAGUAUAAGAAACAGGUAUAUAAUGGGAAAAAAAAUGUAAUUUAGUAAUUUAUCAUUGCCAUGCAUUGCCUCAUGUAUUCAAUCUUACAGGAUUAAUGUUAACUUCAUGAGACA